AAUGCAUUUCUCUGCUCAUGGCAGAAUCUUGGUCUGAUUGAAGAGAGCAAAGUCUCAAGAUCAUUACCUUGGAGGCGCCCUACAAAUGUUUUCCGUAUCAGGGAAGAUGUUCGCCCAAUCUUCUGGGCUAAUCGUCCUAGAAGCUACAUAUCAAGGACCAUAGGUUGGGAGCAGUACCCUCAUGGUAGAUGGAGUGAUUCUAGUAAUCCUUCAUAUGGGGCACUGACUGACUAUCAGUUUAUGCGUCCACGUGCACGUGACAAGAAGCUUCUUGAGGAAUGGGCUCUCUCAUUGAAAAGCUUAGAGGAUGUUUAUGAGAAAUUUAUGAAGUACUGCCUUGGAAAGUUGAGAAGCAGUCCGUGGUCAGAAUUAGACGGUCUUCAGGCUGAGACAAGAAUAAUAAGCGAACAGCUUGGUAAAAUUAACAUGAAAGGUUUCCUUUCAAUCAACAGCCAACCAGCGGUUAAUGGAGAAAGAUCUGAUUCUCCUUCUGUUGGUAAGUACAAAUUAAUCCAUUCAUACAAUUAACUUUUUUGACAGCAU